AACUUUUGUAAACAUAAACAACAGAUUCAUUCGGAUUGCAAAUUGCUAGAAAUUUAUUCAAGUUUUUCUCAUUAUUGCCGUGAAAGUAAACGAUUUCCCCACAAAAUGUUGGCCAAGAAAAAGUACACCCAGCAGGAUCUGCGCCGGCUCAUGAACGAAACCAAGGCCGGAUCCGCCAAACAACAGCCGGAAGGUGCCGGCACCACUUCGGCCAAAAAGAUCGACUCUCCGCUGGCGAAGUACACCGAAUCCGGCCAGCUGACGUGCGCUCUCUGUCGCUCGGUGGUCCGUUCCGAGGCCGUGUGGAAGGUCCACAUCAACUCAAAACAGCACAAGGAAAACAUCGAACAGGCCAAGAAACUCAAAGAGCAGGUCAAAGCUCAGCCGGCAGUAAAAUCGGAUCCACCUCCUGCGCCAGCCGCUUCCUUUAAGCGGCCUUCCUCGCCCGGUCCGCGAGACGUCCCCGGAGCCGGUAAGAAAAUCAAAGGAAUUCUGAAAAACUCGAGCGCGUCACCGGCCGCCAAAGACGACGGCGGUUCUCUUCCGGCCGAUUUCUUCGACGCCGGUGUAAAAAUCAAACGUGAUCUGGUCAACAUCCGGUUGCCCAGCGGGGCAGGAGUUUCGGCCAGCAAGGAGGAUAAAGAGCAACCGGCGGAGGACGCAGCUGCACCACCCCCGGAAGAUGAGGAGGAAAAACUGCCCGAGGGAUUCUUCGACGAUCCGAAGGCGGACGCCAAGGCACGCAACAUCGAGUACAAGGACCCGAACGACGAAGAGUGGGAACGGUUCCAGCGGGUCAUCAAGGACGCGACCACCGAAUCGUUGGCCAUCAUAAACGAAGAGCAGGAGGAAUCGACGGCCGAACGGCAGAUCAGCGAAAUCGACGAACAGAUCCGGAACUGGUCCCGGGUGCUGAGCUUGGAGCGGAAAAAGGACGAGGUGCGGCAACGGACGGCAUCGGCGAUGGCCGCCGGGGAGAGGCGGCUCAUUGAGGGUGGUGGCGGUGCCGCGGUCAAGACCGAGAUUAAGAAGGAGGACAGUGACGACGAGGACGGGGACGAAGAUGGAGAGUUUGAAGAGUUUCCCGACUGGAGGGCGAAGAAGUCGUUCAAGUAGUACGCAAUAAAGUUUAAUGUUUGCUGUUGUAAAGUA